AUGGGCACGCCGCUCUACGUGGGCAAGGCCCUGCCCGACGGCGAGGUCGGGCACCUCCUCGGGUGCGGCAACCCGAUCCUGGACAUCAGCGCCAUGGUCGACAAGGACAUGCUGGACAAGUACGAGCUCGAGAACGGGGCCGUGAUUCUCGCCGAGGAGCGCCACAUGCCGGUCUACGCCGAGCUCCAGGAGAAGUACGAGGUGGAGUACAUCGCCGGCGGCGCGACGCAGAACACGAUCCGCGUCGCCGCGUGGAUGCUCAGCGGGCGGAAGAAACGCCCGGAAUGCGCGUACGUCGGCUGCGUGGGCAACGACGAGUACGGGCGCAAGCUCGCGGCGACGUGCGCCGCCGGCGGCGUGCACACGAACUACCAGAUCGACGAGGAGACGCCGACGGGCACCUGCGCCCGACGCGAGCGGACGCUCGUCGCGAACCUGGCCGCGGCGAACAACUACCGGCGGGAGCACCUCUUCCACGACCGCACGGUGGAGAUGAUCCGCGGCGCGGGCAUCGUCUACGCCGCGGGCUUCUUCCUCACGAGCGGCGGCGUCGAGUGCAUCGAGCACCUCGGCGAGCACGUCCACGCGGCGGCGACGGCGGGCAACCCGAAGCGGUUCUGCAUGAACCUGAGCGCGCCCUUCAUCUGCGAGUUCUUCACGGACCAGCUCGACGCGGCCAUGCCCUACGUCGACGUCCUCUUCGGCAACGAGACGGAGUGCAUGGCGCUCGGCCGCGCGAAGCGCCUCGGCGACGACAUCGCGCUCGUCGCGCUCGCGAUCGCGGCGAUGCCCAAGAAGAGCGGCGCGCGGGGCCGCGUCGUCGUCAUCACCCAGGGCGCGGACCCGACCCUCGUCGUCGAGAACGGCGUCCUCCACCGCUACGCCGUGUCGCCCCUCGCGAAGCAGUCCAUCGUCGACCUCAACGGCGCGGGCGACGCGUUCGUCGGCGGCUUCCUCUCCCAGCUCCUCCUCGGCAAGGGCGUCGCCGACGCCGUCCACGCGGGCCACUGGGCCGGGCGCGUCAUCAUCCAGCGCUCGGGCUGCUCCGUCCCCGAGAGGUGCGACUUCGCCUGA